AUGUGCCGAGUGGCUGCAGCCAAACAUCCUUUCUUGUUCGCCAGGGCCGAGGACAAGGAGAUAAUCGUGUGUGCCAUCCGGACGUGCAGCCGCCUCUUCGGAGCUUUACUCACACGGGGGGAGCUCUUUGUUGGCAAACUUCCCUCUGAGGAAGACUCUGUCCAAGGAAAUUACAGCGCAGAAGAGAAAUAUAAAAUUUGGAUGAGACAUCGCUACAACAGCUGUACCACUUGUCUGGGGGAACUGAUGGGGCACGAAGCUUUCCAGGUCAAAGAAACUGCUCUUUGUACCCUGAUGAAAUUUGUUGAAUUGGAAGCCAAACAUCCUUUGGUCAAGAACGAAUGGAGUUUCAAUUUCCCCCGGGAACUUUUACAAGUGGUGGUGGAGGGUCUGAUCCAGACGGAUCAGAAUUCCUCCCUCCUGAUCUCGCGUUUCCAGGAGUACAUGGAAGAGGACGAUGUCCGGUUCUUUGUGAUGAAGGCGGUGGCCGAAAACGUGGGCAACGUGAUGACAAAGGCCAAACAGGCUCCUUUUCAGAUUUACCAAAACAAUGCCUUCAAUCUCCUUUCGUCCGUGGUCAUGCCGAGUGAGGAAAGCGAGAUAAAAAAAUUUCUGGUGGAACACGCUAAUCAGGAGGAGUGGAAAGUGUCCAAACUAAAGGAACACAGACAGGCCUUUGAGAGGAUGUGGCUUGGAUUCCUGAAAUACCAGCUACCUAGAAACCUCUACAAAAAAGUCUUGCUCAUCCUACAUGACUCCAUCUUGCCCCAUCUGAACGAGCCCACCCUCUUGAUGGAUUUCUUGACCGUGGCUUACAACGUUGGUGGAGCCAUCAGCCUUCUGGCCUUAAAUGGACUCUUCGUUUUGAUUCUCCAACAUAAUCUGGAGUAUCCAGAAUUCUACACGAAACUGUACAGUCUCCUGGACCCCUCCAUCUUCUACGUAAAAUGCCGUGCGCGCUUCUUUCGUUUAUUGGAUCUGUUCUUAUCUUCUUCGCACUUGCCGGCAUAUCUGGUGGCAGCCUUUGCCAAGCGCCUCUCCCGCCUGGCACUCACCGCCCCUCCUGAUGGCUUGCUGAUUGUCAUUCCUUUCAUCUGUAACCUCUUGAGGAGGCACCAGGCGUGCCAGGCGCUCAUCCACAGGCCCAACGGCCCUGCAGAGAUGCCGGAGGAUCCUUACAAGAUGGAGGAAACAGACCCCUUGGAAAGCAGGGCUCUGGAGAGCUCCUUGUGGGAAAUAAAAACGCUGCAGAACCAUUAUCAUCCUGACGUUGCCAGGGCUGCUGCUGAAAUUAACCUGCCUCUCUCUCUGGUGGAACAGGAUUUGUCCGAGAGCCUAGAACUGACAGCCUUUGAGAUAUUUGAUAAGGACAUUAAGAAAGAAUCCGCAGACGUUCCGUUGGAAUAUCGGCCAGCCCGAGGCUUCUUUAGGGACAAAGGUGAUCUCUUUGCAGAAUAUUUUUCCCUGCAGUGACUGUUUGGGGGGUAACGGAAUGCAAUAAAUACUU